ACUGAUCCACAACCAGAGUCGUGCUACCACAAUGGCCUCAAUCGAGUCAAUCCAGACCCUCAUGUCCAAAGAAGACUGCGAGAAAAUCCUCAGACGAAGCUUAGACUCCCCAGCCCACCUCCUUUCGUUCAAAAUCACCAAAUUCGACGACAACGUUGCUGGUUUUUUGGGCGACCACUUAACCCUCACCAUCAGAUUCGCCACCAACAACACCAAGUCCCAAACCACCUACUUUCUGAAGACUUUACCCCAGUUCAACAACAACCAACUCGACUACGUUCUAGAAGCCGGAAUCUUCAAGAAAGAAGUGGUUCUCUACCAAAACCUCUUGAGCGAACUACUCAAAAUUGGCCACUUCGGACCCAGAUGCUUCUUCGUCAAAGACAAUGUAAUAGUUCUCGAAAAUAUGAACGCCAAAGGGUUCAAAAUGAACCCUAAGGUACUCUACAUGACGGAGGACCACUGCGUCGCUAUGUUGAAGACCGUGGCAAAGUACCACGCCUCCACCCUCAUCUACGAACACAAACGGGGACUUCGUCUAGACGAGAAAUUCAAGUACGAAAUCAGGGAGACUUGUUUUUCUUUUGUGGAGGGGCAACCUCGGUACAAGUGGUUGGUUUCGGCCACGAAAUGUGCCACAGAUUUAAUAAGACUGAUGUCUUUGAAAAAGCACGACGUGGAUGCGGUUUGUGAAAGCUUCCACAGAUUUAUUUUCGAAGAAAUGGAGCAGAUAAUUUCUCCCUCUAGACGUUUCAGGAAUGUUCUGUCGCACGACGACUUGUGGUGCAACAAUUUGCUGUUCAAUGAUCACAAUGAGUGUGUUCUUGUAGAUUUUCAAUUGGUGAGGUACACGCCUCCAUGUAUGGAUUUUUUGACGUCGUUGUAUCUUAACUUAGAUUGUAACUAUGUGGAAAACAAUAUAGGGGCAUUUGCGGAUGUCUACUAUUCGUGUCUAGUCGAAGAACUGAAGAAACAUGGUUUGAAUAGUAGUGAACUGCCGAAGGAAGAAUUUUUGGAAAGUCUAAACUGGUAUAGGUUGCCUGCACUUGUGGAAACUGUGAUGUAUGGGACUCAUAUUUUUAUUUCUGAAGCUUUGUCUAAUCAGAUUGUUGCCGAUGUUGCUAUGUAUAAUGAGUUUUCUUUUAUAAAUAGGAGCAAGUUCGCGGUCAAGGAGUUUCGUGAUAAUCCUCAGUAUCGCGAUAGAAUUUCAGCUAUUCUUACCUUGUUAGUUGAGACUUUAGCAAAUAGGUUGUAGACUUAUCGUAAAUCUAAGGAAUUAAUGUUAAGCAAAUAGUUGUCUGUAGAUAUUUAAAUUAUUUUCCCACUUUUUACUACACACGUUUAAAAAAGGCGCCACAAACCACCAAUAACAAACACCAACGGUGACGUCACUCCAGUUGACACUGCGCAAGCUUCCAAUGCAACCAAUCAACGCAACCAUUUAAGGCGGCCAAUUCAAACUCAAUAAAACACAAUUUAAUUUAAAAAACCUAUAUUUAGACUUAUUACAAAAAUAACUAAAAGCAACUAAUCAAUCUUGA